CUAAAUCAAAAUCCAAUAUGGAUGCCGCUUAGUGUCUCCGUUUUUGGUGUAUAUAACACGAUUUUGUUGUGUAGUUAUAAUGAAAAUAUUAAAUUUUAGGGUUUGAAUUAUAGUAUUGUUUGGAUACUAGCUACUACUUGGAUUAAAAUUUCAGAUAUGGAUGAAUGUAAUGAAAUGACGAAAAGUGAUUGUACAAGUGUUCGUGACCUCAAAGGGAAUGUAGCUUUAGAACCUUCAUCGAUGAGUUGCGUUACUGAUAAUAUAGAUAUGGAUAAGCCUGUCGAGGAUAAAAAUCGUAAUAUAACUUUGAAAAACUCUAUUAGCAAAGUAGUUUUAGAAGGUCAACAAAUUCCAACGUCAAGUGCUAAAGAAAAAUGUAAUGCUAUUGGUUUGCAUGUGGGACCAAAUGGACUUGUUAAUGGGUUAGAAAUUGGCAAUAGGCCUAGUGGAAGUUUAUCUAACUUUAUAGAUCAUAUGCCCAAGCCAGAAACCUAUGAAUCCUUGAGUAGUGCUAGUCAAAGUAAUCAACAAGUACCUAGUGAAAACUCUGUUGAUCACAAAGAACUUGUCAAAAUGGGGAGGACAGACUGUGACAACAUUGCUGGUCAGCCAUCAUGUUCAAGUGCUUCCGAUGAUAGUGGUGCCAUAGUUUCAAAAACAGUAGAUCUUCACCCAAUCCCUUCACACGGAAAUUGUGAUCGGAAGACAAGUGAACCAUCAGAAGUUGAAUAUGUCUCGUACAAAUCUGAAUUACAAAUGCCUGACAUUAUGAGACUCAUUCAGAAAGACUUAUCCGAGCCCUAUUCAAUUUACACCUAUAGAUAUUUCAUUCACAACUGGCCCAAGCUUUGCUUCUUGGCCAUGGAUGGUUCAAAAUGUGUUGGUGCCAUUGUUUGCAAGUUGGACAUACACAGGAAAGUGGUCAAAAGAGGUUAUAUAGCAAUGCUGGCUGUUGAUGAGAGAUAUAGGAAAAGAAAAAUAGGAUCGAAUUUGGUGUUGAAAGCCAUUCGUGCAAUGGUUGCUGACGAUGCCGAUGAGGUGGUACUAGAGACAGAAAUCACAAACCGACCAGCUCUCCGCUUGUAUGAGAAUCUGGGAUUUGUCCGAGAUAAGCGGUUGUUCAGAUAUUAUCUCAACGGUGUGGACGCACUGCGACUCAAGCUAUGGCUCAGAUGAAACGCCUUGUGCCUAAGUUUUCUGCUCGUUAUGCCAAAUUAUAAGUGUAGCCGAUAUUGGUUUAUGAUAGUAAUAUUUAUUUACCUUUUUUUGUGAUGUGUAAUUACUAAACAAGAAACAACUGUAAAGGAAAAUGUAAUAAUAUAUUUAUAUAGUCUUUAAAUAACAUAGUAUUUGUUGAUAGUUCAUUAAUUUUGAUAUAUUUUCAACAGAAGUUUUAUAUUGAUUACCUUUUGACUGUUAAAAGUUAGUAUUUUGUUGGGUCCAAUAGAAUUUGAUUGACUUGAACCGAACUUGGUUAUUUUCCAAGGACAGUUUGUUACCUUUAUAAUUUUAAUUAUUUCAAUGAGCAUGAACUAUUAAUUAUCAUAACUUUACAUGUAGUCUUAUUUGGUUCUUGAUUAUUCUGUCGAUUGUUGAUUCUUGAUGAGGUUUGUUACUAAUUAUGUUUCAUUGUUAAAGUUGAGUCACCUGCAAGUAAUUAGUUAUUCUCUCUCUGAACUAAAAUCUUAUUUUUUAAACUGUUGCUAUUUAUAUAUAUUUUUUUCUUUUAAAUUAUUUAUUGAACAAUAUUUUGAAGUAUUUUUAUAAAAGUUUAAUUUAUAUUACUUUAUUUGACUUAACGUAAUGAAUUCCAAAAUAACAAAAUCAUGUCAUUUUUUAUUCUAUGUAUAAGGUCUGGAAUGUAAUUAAUUCAAAUGGUUUGGAAGUGGUUUGUAAUACUACUGGCUUUACUUAUACUGUGUUGGCAAAUCACUUAAAUAAAAAAAUCAAAUAAAGUUUUACAAUAAAACUGAUUUGUUACAAGAA